AGAUUCUCCCCCCUGUUUCCAGGACUCCAUGAGCAGGAGGGUCGCGCGUCGUCCGCAGUCCGCAGAGUUUCUCGCCGGAUUCCCCAAACCCCCCUACGCAGCUCCCUCUCCUCUCCGCCUCCACCCAUCGAGCACCGAGCGGCGGCGGCAUGGAGGCUGGCGGCGAGGAGUUCGCGAUCGGCGUCGUGAUCUCCGCGAAGACCACAAUGGGGGAGGAGUUCGAGGGCCAGAUCGUCGCCUUCGAUCGCCCCUCCAACCUCCUCGUUAUCCAGGAGGUCGUGGGGAGGGCGGAGAGGGGGGAGCGGCGGAACGUGAGGGUGCUCAAGGCGAACUACAUCCGGGAGUUCUCUGUGGUCAGCAAGGGUGACGACCCUCUCGAUCCUGCCGGCUGCAUGCUGGACCUCAACGCCAUUUAUGCCCGGGAGGAUGCUGCACUCAGGCAAGCAGAGAUUGAGGCCGAGAGAAUUGGUGUUGGUGUCACCCCAGAAGCUCAAAGUAUAUUCGAUGCGCUGUCCAAGACGCUUCCGGUUCAGUGGGACAAGACUGACAUUGUUGUAAUGAAGGAGGUUCGUGUAUGCAGUCCGUACCUGCCUGAAAAUGUAAGUGGAGGAACAGCGGCAGCAAAUGAGCGCGUUAAGAAAGUGAUUGACUUUGAAAGGAAAAGAUUGCAUUCACGUGUACCUGGCCAAUUCUCUUAACUUAAAAGGCUUGACUAAUAUUUACAUUAGCCUCCGUGUUGUAUUUCUAAUACCGCAGCCAGUUUUCUUAUUCUCAUCGAUGGGGUUUUCUAUUAUAUGUUUCAGAAAAAAUCUGUCAUAAUAAUCAUAUCAACUGGUUAGUUCUGUACUGCUUCAUAGAUGGCAUGUGUUACUUGAAUGGAUUAUAACACCUCGUAUUGGGCAACUGUUAGUUUUGUCGCUGGUACAGGAGUUGGGAAGGAUUGAAUUGAAGUAGCACAUGCACAUCGAAAGAACUCAACAUUGAAAAAGGGGGAGUUGGCAACUAAGG